AUGUCACCAGCAGCACCUCAGCUACCCACCCGAUUCCCCUGCUGGUGUCGAGCAGUUUACUCCUGGGGAGGAGAGACAAAACGCGACCUGGGUUUCGUGGAGGGUGAUUUAAUUGAAUGCUUAAACGCGGGAGAUGGGCAAUGGUGGAUGGGUCGUUUGCGCCGGGACCGGCGCAUGGUCGGAUUGUUUCCAUCGAACUUCGUGGAGGUCCUGGGCGAGGAUUUCGUCCCUGUCAGUCGAAUAUCAAGUCCCAUGGUCACUGCCAGUCCCUCGCCGAUCACGAAUCCUACUUCCGCCCCCAAGAAACAAAAGACCGUCUUCCGGAAACCCUUCCAGGCUCACAGGGAAGCCCUGGCGCCAGCGGAACUCGCCCGAAGCGCAAUGACCAACACUCAGGCUACAAGCUCCAUACCGCAAACCCCUCCUCGGAAUGGCAGUCAUUCCCGGACUGUUAAGCCACUACGGACGCCAACGACCGCCGUAAAACAUCAGAGCUCGCUAUCCAAACCUCCAUCGCAGUCACGGCCUACGUCGCGUGGCCUGUCGCCCCGUGGUCCGCCCGUGUCGGAUCCGCCGCCACAAAAUCCAUCGCCUACCAGAGAGGAUGUCUCACGCUCAAGACCCCCAUCCCGCGCGGCAUCUCCCCAACCACCAGAUACCUUAGAGUACUACUCCCCGUCUGUGCCUGUCAGACAGGCGCCAUUGGUCCGUCCUCCGUCCGUUAGACCGCCAUCGGUUCGACCGCCAUCGGCUCGGCCUCCGUCCCGCGCACCGUCCCCUCAUCCACCAGACACUACGGAAUGGUACUCCCCUUCCGUGCCCAAUAGGCAGACUCCAAUGGCUCGACCUCCUUCAGUUCGACCUCCAUCACCUGAGAUAUCUCCGCUGCAGUUGCAAGUACGAGACGAUUCGCCGCCACCACCGCCGCCCCCUCCGCAUCGCAUCGCAGUGAACCGCCAGCCUUCUAUGGAACGCGGGGUCCCAGUACAUCUGGAAAUGAAUGACCGCUACGUUAUUAUGUCAAGAACUCCAUCUCCGGCGGCUCAUUCAGACGCGCAUGGCAACACACCGUCACCCCUGCGGGACGCCAUGGAAGAUGUCAUGACAUCCCUAGAGGAUAUGGGAAUGUCGCGUGAGACGCAUUCGCCUUCUCCGGCUCCCGUAUAUGAUGAUCCUUGGUCACCCGAUGCUUAUGACAGCUUUCGUGAUAGUGGGCCUUUAAGAACUGGAACUCGACCACUGACAUCUCUAGGAUUCGAAGGCGAACAGGACUAUCAAUACAGUGACCGUCAGCUACAACGGAACACCAUGUACGGGCAGGACCACUACCUCGACGGACCACCGCAGCUGAACAAUUAUGUGCAGCGGAUGGAAAGCCGACUGCGCCAGAUGCAGGAGCAGAACCGAAGGGGUUCGGAGGACACACAACUCCCGGAGGACGACGAGGACCCGCCACCACCACCGCCGAAGCAUGUGUCUUCUCAUGGGAGGCAUAAUUCCAUUCCCGCUCAGUAUCCAUACCUGAGGAAUCGGAGAUCGGGACAGGAUCUGCGGGGCGAUAUUCUAAAUCGAAGCUACACCAAUAAAUCUAGUACCACAAACUCCUCGAGCGGGGUGGGGAGCAUUGGUACAAGCAUGACAGCCAGCACUGAACAAACGAGUCAGAGCUUGAUGAGUGGACCGUCGGCAGGCGCUUUCAGCGCCACAAGCGCGGGGAGUUACGCGCGACGUGGGUUAACUUCCACCGGUGAAAGGCCGAACACAGCCAUGGAGACCUUCCGUUCGCGAGGUUUCAGCGACGUCUCGCGAAUGGCUCGACCGGAGACACCGCUGACUGGUAUAUCUUACCACUCCAGCCACAACACCUCCCGCCAAGGGGCCUCGUCCGCCAUCCCUUGGUCCUCGCCUGCUGCCGACUCUGCCGAAUCGACGGCGGUCUUUGGGGGUCUAUCCACACCGAAGGCGAAGAAGCAUGGUUUCUUCAAGAAGAUUUUCGAAUCCGCAAAGACCGGUGCGGCGAAUGCCAGAAGCAGUAUUGCUGUCGGACAUACUGGAGGAUCAUACUCCCCAACUAAAGGCAGGCCGAUUUCCCCGAUCAGGGGCGCCCGCGACGCAGGGUUUGGCGGCGGGAGCGUGGAUUGGGUUCAGGUGCGACGUGACGUGAACCGAGCAAGCUCGCCUAGUCGGAACGAGAGGAUAGAAAGAGCCGAGCGUUGCCAGAUGAUGGAUCAUCCUGUGAUCUACGCAGUCGAGGAGCUUCACGAAACUACAGAGGGUGAUGAAAGUAUCGACGGGUUACCAAUUAGCGAGCCAACCAAUUUUAACGCGGCGAACCUGAAUCUCGUCGAUAAGAGUGCUCGCUUUGUGAAUAGCCUUCCUCCGAUGACCAAUCCGAUGAGCCUUGCGCAAGGAUAUGUUUGUCGGCCUUACAAGAGUGACGUUCAGAGAUUGCGCGCUAUCUUCACCUGGGUCAGCGAGAAAAUCGCCUGGGACGAGCCGGUGGAGGAGAUUGGGGUUGAUCUGAAGCGAAUUCUGCAGACAAGGAGGGGAAGUCCCCAGGAAGUCGCAUUCCUCGUCAAGGAAAUGUGCACUGCCGUCGGCCUCCACGCAGAUGUGGUCCAAGGGUUUCUCAAAUCCCCUGGUGAGCUAUUCGAGUUGGACAGCCUUUCACGACCAAACCACUGGUGGAACGCCGUUCUAGUUGACGGUGAAUGGCGCAUCAUCGACUGUUCCCUCGCGAGUCCGACCAAUCCGAUGAGGAAUCAAUUUGUUACCACGAACUCUGCAGCUGCAGAGAGCUGGUACUUCCUGGCGCGCCCUCUCGAGAUAUGCUAUACACAUGUGCCACUGUAUCCAGAGGAGCAACAUAUCUGUCCGCCUGUAUCCCCAGACGUCUUGCUGGCACUCCCAGCAGCCUGUCCCCCUUACUUCAAGAUGAACCUCCAGUUCCCUGACUAUGACACAAGCUUGGUCCGAAUCGAGGGAUUGGAAGUUCUGCAGAUUCGCCUGCUUGUGCCACCAGACGUAGAAUGCGCGGCAGAGGUUGAGGCGCCCGCUUUCGCCCGCGAUGCCGACGGAGACUUCUUCGAGAGUGGGGAGAUUGUGCGUAAACGUGCCCUGGUCCAACCUGACUGGGUUGGCGGCCAAAAGCGGUUCACUGUGAAAGCUGUCCUGCCCGGCGACGAGGGGCAAGGCACAGUCAAGAUAUACGCGGGCAAGAAGGGUUUGAUGCACUCUAGCAAAGACAUCCCUCAUCCGCUAGCGCUUGCCCUUCCCAUCAUUCACGCGGGUGACAACCCUCCGUACGAAUUCGUCCUGCGCCAUCCAACACCCCAUGCUCAGCGGCAUGACUUGUACAUUAUUCAACCCCAGUGUGCGAAACUUGCCGUCAACAACACCUUUGUCUUCGCCGUACGGCAACACCCAUCCUCGCUUCCCUCUCCGACAAACGGUAAUGACUUCGGUGCCUCGGGACGCAUCUCUCCCUCCGUCUUUGCGCGGCCUGCCAGUGCUCUCAGUAUGGUGUCCAGCUCUGCCGGGGGCUCUUCUGUCUCCGCCGUCUCCAACGAGUUCUCUGCCUCCACCUCAGCAAUCUCAUCAACCAAGUCGUCCUCUGGACGAGAAAAACCGGCCAAACUAGCCAUCCAGUCGCCGUCAGGCAAGAUUCUCCGGCUCACUCGCAAAGCAGAUCAUAUGAUUACCAAUGACUCCACUUCGGAUCCCUGCGCGGACGGCAGCGUCUGGGAGACGGUGAUCAAGAUCGGCGAGCGCGGGACCUGGAGGGGACUCGUUCUGGCUGACCGCGUUGCGCGAUGGUGUGUCUUCUCUGAAUGGGAAUGUUUCUAA